AUGUCGGGUCUCGUGCUUAAUGAGACUGGGAUGGAGGACUGCGGCAUUGAUGACUCCUUUAAGUAUAACCUGUAUGGUGUGGUGUAUAGCGUAGCCUUCGUUUUGGGGCUCGUCACCAACUGCGCUUCUCUUUUCGUCUUCUGCUGUCGGAUGAAGAUACGGAAUGAGACAACUCUCUUCAUGACAAACUUAGCGUUGUCAGACUUGGUGUUUGUGUUCACUUUGCCCUUCAAGAUCUUCUACAAUGUUAACCGUCACUGGCCUUUUGGAGAUGGGCUGUGCAAGAUUUCUGGUGGAGCCUUCAUCACCAACAUUUAUGGCAGCAUGCUCUUCCUCACCUGCAUCAGCGUGGACCGUUUCCUGGCGAUUGUUUACCCGUUCCGUUCUCGAUCGGUGCGUACCCGUAGGAACGCCGGGAUCGUGUGCGCUGCUAUCUGGCUACUUAUUUUGGGAGGGGGCAUGUCAGUGACCUUUUUCUCUUCGACCAAUCGAGCUAAAACAAGCACCACCUGCUUCGAGGGCUUCUCCAAGAAGACUUGGAAGACGUAUCUGUCCAAGAUCACCAUCUUCAUUGAGAUAGUGGGAUUCCUUAUUCCGCUGAUCAUCAACCUGGCCUGCUCCUCCAUGGUUCUCAGGACCCUGCGGAAGCCAGCCACACUCUGCCAGAUCGGCACCAACAAGGAGCGGGUACUCCGUAUGAUUGUCGUACAUCUGGCCAUCUUCAUCAUCUGCUUCGUGCCUUACAACUCCGUCCUCUUUGUUUAUGCGAUGGUACGCACCCAGGCCCUGGCCAGCUGCUGGUUAGAGCGCCUGGCGCGAACCCUCUACCCCAUCACGCUUUGUGUCGCCACCCUUAACUGUUGCUUUGACCCUGUUGUCUACUACUUCACCUCCGAGUCGUUUCAGAAGUCCCUGACCACAGCCAAAGGUCAGGCCAAACAGGAGAACACGAUACGGAGCGAAGGCCCUCCAUCCAGUAAAGACCUCUCUGUCACAGAGGCUGUGGAGGCUCACAGGCUGGCCAGUAAUGGAAAGGACCAGGUGACUGAGACCCAGUUUUGAGGCCGGUAUGAAGGAAAGGAGUCGUAUGUCAAAGAAGGGGCGACUUGACCACAUUCAGCUGAUACUCAGAAAUGACUUGUUCCAUCAUUAGAGUGUCAGGCGAGGAAACAUGAAUCCAAUCCUGUGCUUAUGUCUAUGCUUUGGAGAUUAGAUCAGUCUGGAGUAAAUGCUUGGAAUCAAGGUUUUCGGUAUAACACGUGGAAAACGAACUUUAAAGCAUCAGAGAGCAGAAGGUUUCUCACUUAACGGCGCAGGUCAGGGGCUAUACUGUUCUGUUGACACCUCAGAUCAUGCGAG